AUGUCGUUAUUUGGCACGUCUUCCACUAAUCAGCCGUCGACGCCCGCGUUCAGUCAAUCACAGCCCGCGUCCUCCACAAGUACCGCCCAACCUAACCCAUCCUCUGCUACCAGCGGCGCUCUUGCCCCAAAUCCUGCACCCCCUUCGAAUCCCUUUGGUGCAUUUGGUGGCUCUUCCACUUCCGCUUCAUCUCAGCCUUCAACGUCAUCGAAUUUGUUCUCGUCCUUCAAUCAGAACAAUGCAAAUACCGGUACCAGCGGUGGAACCAGUGGUUCUACGGGUAGCAAUCCCUUUGGGUCUACUAAUCCUUCCGCUUCGUCCAAUAUUUUUGGGACUAGCACCACAGCCCCGAAUUCGACCACAAAUCCUCAACCCACUCCGCUUUUUGGCGGUGCCACUGCUGCUAACCCAUUAUUUGGGGGAUUUGGUUCAACAACAGGCGCUCCACAGCCCCAGCAGACAAAUAGCCUCUUUGGGACGAAUACACUGGUGGGCCAGCCUUUUCAGACAACAACGCAACCCUCUACUCUUCCAUUUGGCCAAACACAGGCCCAACCACCUGUAUCCGGACUGAUCCGAACAUCGAAAUUCAAUGAUCUUUCAGACAAUGACCGGCAACACCUGGAGCUGUUUGACGCUAGCAUCCAGUCACAGAUACAGCUAAGCAAUGAGCUCAAGGCAAAAAAGUUGGGAGAAGAUAUUGAAAAGGCUACGACUAUUCUCUCCGGCUUGAUGCCCAGUUCGGAUUUAAUCUGGAACGCAUUAAGAUCCGACGAGGAUGUUACCCGAGAUCUCAAGGCCAAGCUUGACACCGCAAUACAAGACGAGACAAUCGCUACUCAAAUUCUUGAUGGCUUUCAGGAUGUCGCAAAGAGUGGAUAUCUCCAGACGCACGCCAACUUCCCAUUCGAAUAUUACACUCAACUGACCUUCCAGUUGGAAGCUCGCUUGGAGACAUACAAAAGCACUAUUGAUGUUAUCGAGCGCAAACUCUCAUCAUUGGCUGAGCCUCAUAAGAGGUCUCCCCAAGCCAUAUCUAAUACACUGAGGACUCAGCAUGCCCUCUUCAUGGCACUAGCGAGUCGCGCCGCUGAGUUGGAUAUUACGAUGAAGCGUAUUCGCCAAAAUGCUACGGUUCAGUGGAGAGCGCAGACGGGUAGCGCAAGGGAUCCUUUUGACCGAGGAUUUGGCGCAUCAAUAGGUCCCAAUGAGCCGCUGGGACAGAGUAUUUUGAGAACCAGCCAGCUUCGCUGA